UCUAAAUCCACCAUUGGGGUCGAGUUCGCCACUCGGACCUUAAAAGUCGAUGAUAAGGUCAUCAAAGCUCAGAUUUGGGAUACUGCUGGCCAGGAGAGGUUCGCUUUUCCGUCUUCCUCGUCUCUCCAUUUCUAUAAUCUAUUUGGUAAUUCCGGAAUUGAACCGUUUCUAGGUCUAGAGAUGGAUUUAGCCUUUGGAGUAGUGAAUGACUGUUCCGCAGCAUUUUACUAG